AUGUUCUUCUCACCCGCGAUGCGGAGCGCUGUCCUCCAAACAACCGCCAUCUGUAUCAUCUCGAUGCUAUACACGGAACACAAGCUCGGCGUCUUCGACGCAGUCGUCCAAGAUGAAGGAUACAAGAAUAUGACCGCCUCAUUUGACGCGACCAUGUCUCCAAACUUGGCUCCAGGCACCCAAAAUACAUCGAUGACUCUCGACGCCGGAAACUCAACAACAAAGUCCCCUCUCAACACAACCACAUUUCCUCUCAUUGACGAACCAUUCUACACCCAAAGGUUCCCCCGAGAAGUCUUCAUCGUCUUCGUGCUCAGCACCCUAGAGUACUGGUGGCUCAUGGGCCUCGAGCGCAUCUUACCCGCUCGACCUAGACCUUCCUCCACGCCAUCGUAUGCCUCCUCGGGCAAAGAAGGCGUUGUCGUAGAGGACGAUGAGGGCAGAGAGGAAGAAGUGGUUAAGAAAUGGAUUGCAACAGGUCGACAAAUUGGUCUUGGUUUCUUCACCAUCUAUCUAUGUUUUACCCCGCUUAUCCGCCUUGCUGCUUUUGUACUCGUUCCGGCGCACAGGCAGAUGGUGUUUUCGGAGGGCGUGCAGCUCGUCGCUACGGUUUUCUCUUGUACAGUUGUGCGCGCGUUUGCGGGGUGGGCGGUUAAGACUGAGGCGAUUCAGAUGGCGAUGCGGAACACGGUCGAGGAGAAUAGGAGGGCGAAGUGGGGGGUAUGA